AUGACAAGUGACAAAGAGUUGUUUAAGGACCUUGACAAGUCAUUCAAGUCAAGGAUGAAGAUAGGAAACUGUGAGUAUCUAGAAGUAAAGGGGAAGGGCAUAGUGUCAAUAGAGAGCUGUGCUGGAACCAAGUUGAUUACUAAAGUGUUGUUUGUCCCUGAAAUUGAUCAAAACUUAUUAAGCGUUGGUCAAUUAGUAGAGAAGGGAUUCAAAGUGUUGUUUGAAGAAGGAAAGUGCCUCAUUUUUUAUUCCAAUGGGAAUGAGUUGUUAAAAAUAAAGAUGCAACACAAGAGCUUCUCGUUGGAUCCACUCGAGAAGAAGCAGAUAACUUUCAAGUGUCAAGUGAAGAGAGAUAAGUUGAGUGAGAAAUUCGAACCAGGAAUCUUUGUAGGCGAUAGCAUGGUGUCCAAAGCCUACAAGAUCUAUCAACCUCACACAACGAAGAUAGUGAUUAGCAGAGAUGUUCAAUUUUUGGAGGAUAAGGAAGGGACUAGACUAUUGAGGGAGGUGUAUGAAAGAAUUAGUGUAGCUGCAUUAGAGCCUGUAGGAUAUGAAGAAGCUAAAAGAGAUACAAAGUGGAUGGAGGCAAUGAAGGAAGAGUUAAGUAUGAUAGAGAAAAACAAUACAUGGGAGCUGGUGGAGAAGCCUGCAUACAGGAAAGUGAUUGGAGUCAAAUGGGUUUUCAAAACCAAAUUGAACCCAGAUGGCUCUGUGAACAAGCUCAAGGCUAGGUUAGUGGUAAAAGGGUAUGCACAAGUUUGGGGAAUUUAUUUUUCUGAGACUUUUACACUAGUUGCAAGAAUGGACACAAUUAGGUUGCUACUGGUUGUGUCAACUCAGUAUAGAUGGAAAGUGUAUCAACUAGAUGUGAAGUCAACAUUCCUAAAUGGAGUGUUAGAAAAAGAGAUCUAUGUUAAGCAACCAGAUGAAUUCAUCAUACCAGGAUAA